UAUGAGUUGUUUCCAGGUUUGAAAAUGCACCAAGAUGGUCAACUUAAGGGUGAAAUCCUAGAUUUUGAUGUCCGAUGUGGCUCAAUCAAUGACCGUGGCUGUGCUGAAUAUGAGUUUCAACACUUAAACUGCAGGAAAGGUUAUUACUUUCGUAAAUUAUAUGGCUACCAUUUGGAGAAUGAGUAUGUAUAUGAUGAAAGCUAUAACUUGACUUUAUAUGAUUGCAAAAGAAUAUGCUGGAGCAAUUGUUCUUGUGUAGCCUAUACCUAUGCAACCCAAAAUUUGAUAGGUUGCAAGACUUACAGUAAAAUGAGAUACAAUCCAUCAGAAUCUUACCGAGAUACAGGAUGUUUCGGAUUUACUAAGGAUUUUAUAGAAAAGGAGAAGAAGAAGUGGGCUUGGUUAAUUAUCGGGUUUGGAUCCUUAGCUCCACUCAUAUCAUUAUAUUUUGUAGAGAAGAAGUUUCAGAUUAAAGAUAAAGGAAAAAUUAUUCAGAAGCUGUUGCUACAUAAGCUGAGACGUUUAUACGACUACAUACAAGCAGAUAGGAAUAUGAACAACGAACUCCAUUAUUUCACAUUUCAGAGUAUCUCAUCCGCCACAAAUAACUUCUCAAGCACUAAUAAGCUAGGAGAGGGGGGUUUCGGAACUGUUUAUAAGGGAAUAUUAGUUGAUGGGCAAGAGGUUGCGGUGAAGCGCCUAUCACGAAGCUCUGAACAAGGAGUAACAGAGUUCAAGAAUGAAACCGAACUAAUUGCCAAACUGCAACACACAAAUCUUGUCAGGUUGAUCGGGUGUUGUGUUGAAAAGAAAGAGAAAAUACUUGUAUACGAGUACAUGCCUAAUAAUAGCUUGGAUUUCUUUCUAUUUGAUUCUGAGAAGAAAGGAUUACUGGAUUGGAGGGAUCGCUUUGCAAUCAUUAAUGGCAUUGCGCAGGGACUUCUAUAUCUCCAUAAGUUCUCAAGGCUGAGGAUAAUCCAUCGAGAUUUGAAAGCCAGUAACAUCUUGCUAGAUGAACACCUGAAUCCUAAAAUAUCAGAUUUUGGCAUGGCCAAGUUAUUUUCUACGAAUGAAUCUGAAACAAAUACCACUCGAGUUGUUGGGACACGUGGUUAUAUGCCACCAGAGUAUAUGAUAGAUGGCAAUGUUUCAACCAAGACAGAUGUAUUCAGUUUUGGUGUUUUGUUAAUUGAGAUUGUUAGCAGCAAAAUGAAUCAUGGGAGCUAUGAUCCGGAUCAUCCACUCAACCUGCUCGGGCUGGCAUGGGAACUGUGGAAUGAAAGUAGAGGUUUGGAGUUGAUGGAUCAGGUACUGGAAGACUCAUGCACUCACAAGGAAGUAAUGACAUGCAUCCAUGUCGGUCUCUUGUGUGUUCAACAUCAUACAAUGGACAGACCUGCCAUGUCAGAUGUUAUUUAUAUGCUCACAAAUGAAUAUAUGGAGCUACCCGCACCAAAACGGCCAGCAUUCUACAUUGAGAGGCAUGAGGCAAAGGAAACAGGAGAUGACAGGUCAGGAAACAGAUCCGUAAAUGGCCAAUCAGUUUCAAUUGAAUUGGGGAGACUUAAAACAAUGGCAGGCGGAGAAAUAUUCCGGUUCUCCGUCCUCACUUUAAUCUUCUUUAUUUUCUUCGCUUUCUGUUACUCCAAAACGGAUACCUUAAGACAAGGUCAAGAGCUUAAAGACUGGGACGAACUGACGUCAUCAAACAAGGUGUUCAGUUUGAAGCUCUUUAGUUUUGACACUAUGGACAGCGCUUACUUAGGUAUAUUUUACAACAAAAACGACAACAAUAAAAUCAGAAACCAUUAUUCGUAUGAUUUCCGUAACAAGGCAGUUUGGGUAGCAAACAGGAACAAUCCGGUCCCUGAUAUAUGCGGCAGGCUGUUGAUAGAUAUAUAUGGGAAGCUGAGCAUUAUAUCUAGUGGACGUAGCGUUCUUGAUCUCUUUAGUCCUAGUCUGAUAAUACGUAAUGUAAGUGCUAAACUCUUGGAUACUGGAAAUUUGGUGCUGCAUGAACUGUAUCCAGAUGGGUCUGUUAUGCGGGUUUUGUGGCAAAGCUUUGACUACCCAACAGACACACUUCUCCCCGGGAUGAAACUUGGAAUUAAUCUCAAGACGGGACAUAGAUGGUCGUUGACUUCGUGGGUGAGUUAUCGGCUACCAGCUAGCGGGUCUUUUACAUUAACAGGAGACGAAAAUGGCACAGAUCAACUGGUCAUCCUUAGAGGAAGGAAUGUCCACUGGAUGAGUGGACCUUGGCAGAAUGGUCGAUUUAGAAACACCAUUUUAGAAUCCUCUGUUUCAGUUUCGGAUGUCCACCUCUAUUAUGUUUCUAAUGAAAAUGAGCAGUCCUUCACAUUCUUGACAAAAACGUAUGAUGUAUUUCCUGCUCUGAGAAUAACCGAAUCUGGUGGGUUCGCAGGUUCAAGUUCAAGACCUGAGUCGGGUAUCCUUUGCAACUGUAAUUUUGGCCCGGGUUUUGUUAAAAGCAGGCUUGAAAACUUAAAAUGCAGGGAAAAUGCCAACUUUUACUCCGGGGAAGAUUAUCACUACCCACAUUCAUCAGGCUUUAUAUAUACGGAUGAGUAUGAAUAUGACGAAAGACAUAACUUGACUUUAUAUGAUUGCAAAAGAUUAUGCUGGACUAAUUGCACUUGCAUUGCCUAUUCCUAUGCAACUAAAAACAGAGAAGGCUGCAAGAUUUACCGUCAAAUGAUCUACAAUCCAGUGGAAGUUGACAAAGUCGCACAAUAUUAUAUAUUCCAAGGCCGAGAAAAGAAGAAGAAGAAGUGGAUUUGGUUGAUUAUUGGGGUUGGAUCUUUGGCUCCGCUGCUAUCAUGCUAUCUAUUCUAUAAGAAGUUUCAUCUUAGAGGGAAAACCAAGAAAAUCCGGAAUCUGUUUAUGUAUUUGUUGAGACGCUGGUUCCGUAGUGACAAAAAACAUAGAAACAUAAACAUUGAGCUGCAUUACUUCACAUUUCAAAGUAUCAUGUCUGCAACAAACAAUUUCUCGGGCACGAAUAAGCUAGGAGAAGGGGGUUUCGGAACAGUUUAUAAGGGAAAAUUAGGUGAUGGUCAAGAGGUUGCAGUAAAACGACUUUCAAAAAGCUCUGGGCAAGGAGUGACUGAAUUCAAGAAUGAAACCGAACUCAUUGCCAAACUUCAACACACUAAUCUUGUCAGGCUACUAGGGUGUUGUACCGAAAAGCAAGAGAAUAUCCUUGUAUACGAGUACAUGCCAAAUAACAGUCUGGAUUUCUAUAUAUUUGAUCCUAGAAAGAAAGGAUUGUUGGACUGGAAUACUCGAUUUGUAAUCAUUGACGGGAUUGCUCAAGGAUUGGUAUAUCUUCAUAAGUUUUCAAGGCUGAGGGUAAUACAUAGAGAUUUGAAAGCCAGUAACAUCUUGCUAGAUGGUUACCUGAAUCCAAAAAUAUCAGACUUCGGCAUGGCUAAGUUAAUUGGGUCGAAUCAGUCUCAAGCAAAUACGAGUAGAGUUGUUGGAACACGUGGUUAUAUGCCACCAGAGUAUAUGAUGGAAGGUACUGUUUCCACAAAAACAGAUGUCUUCAGUUUUGGUGUUUUGCUGCUUGAGAUUGUAAGCGGCAAGAUGAAUCAUGGGAGCUACGACUUAGAACAUCCACUUAACCUUCCAGGAUAUGCAUGGGAGCUGUGGAAUGAAGGCAGAGGGCUAGAGCUUAUGGAUCCAAUAUUGGAAGACUCGUGCUCUCAUGUAGAAGUAAUGACAUGCAUUCAUGUGGGACUCUUGUGUGUUCAAGAUCAUGACACAGACAGACCUACGAUGUCAGAAGUUAUUUCGAUGCUCACAAAUGAAAAAAUGGAUCUACUCGAGCCAAAGCGACCAGCAUUCUAUAUUGACAGGCACGAACUAGAGGCAACAACGGAUAACAAUUUGGAAAAUCAGUCCAUAAAUGGACAAUCAAUUUCUAUUUUAGUUGCUAGAUAAUUAAAAGCUAGAUACAAACAUGUUUUCUACAAUAGAUUAAUGGGUCACCAAUUCUAAUUAAAAACUUACUGUAUGUAAACCUUUAUUUCUAAGACCCAAAUCUACUUUA